GUGCUUUGUUUGGAGCGGGCGGAGGAGUGGAGUGCAGAGGGGGGCCUGGUUUGUUUGUGUCUUCCCCGUCACGCUGCAGCCUAUUUCCGGUGUUGCGUCCCUUACUUCCGCCGCCGCUUUCCAUCCUGAGAGAUGAGCGGGCCUGGCCCCUCUCCGCAGGCGCCCCUUUGUCCCCUCGCGGGGCCCAAGUGACUCCUCCCGGGAGAAGGCUCCGCUGCAAGGAUGGCUUGUUCCCUGGGGAGGCUGAGGGGCUUAGGCGGGGCGAGAGAGAGCCCGGGGCACGUCGGGGUGGAUCCCCAGCGCCACCACCUCCGCUGAGGACAAAGGAAGAGCUCUUGAGGGAAAGUCAAGUCUGAAUCUUUGCCAUAAUCAACCCUGACAUGUCUCUGAAAAUUUUGCAUCACAAAGUACCCUGACUUCAUUUCCCAGCCCAAACGGAGCAAGGAAAAGAUGCCUGACCGCGAUAACAGCUAUAAUGGUACUGGCAAUGAUGAGGCGAGUGCCAAUUCCUAUGUCAUCUGCCGGGACUUCCUGCGCAACGUCUGCAAGCGGGGCAAGCGCUGCCGCUUCCGACACCCUGACAUCAACGAGGUGACCAACCUGGGAGUCAGCAAAAAUGAGUUCAUCUUCUGCCAUGACUUCCAGAACAAAGAGUGUGUCCGCAUCAACUGCCGAUUCAUCCAUGGCACCAAGGAGGACGAGGAUUGCUACAAAAAGACGGGGGAGCUCCCCCCACGCCUCCGCCAGAAAGUGGCAGCCGGGCUUGGCCUCUCCCCAGCUGACCUCCCCAAUAGCAAGGAAGAGGUGCCCAUUUGCAGGGACUUCCUCAAGGGGGAUUGCCAGCGGGGAGCCAAGUGUAAAUUUCAGCAUCUGCAGCGGGAUUAUGAGUAUGAUGCCCGGGGGCUAGCCACCCGUGAGCAGGGCAUCACCACCCCCGUGCGUCGGUAUGACCCCUAUGACCCCAUGUACGACUCUGACCGGUGCUAUGACGACCAUGACCCUGUGCUCAAGCGGCGGCGGGUUGAUGGGCUCCACUUUGAGACUUAUGAGUAUAACUUCACAAGUCCACGUACAGUAGAAUACCGGCUGCUGGAAGAGGAGAACAUAAUGCUCCGCAAACGAGUUGAAGACCUCAAGAAGCAGGUGAACAACCUCCUGGCCACGAAUGAGGUCCUUCUGGAACAGAAUGCCCAGUUCCGCAAUCAGGCCAAAGUGAUGACUCUAAGCUCCACAGCGACAGCCACUGAGCAGACUUUGGCACCCACAGUGGGCACUGUCACCAACUACAACCAUAGCAUUGCCCAGACUCACACUACCCUGAGCAGCCAAGCUUUGCAGCCACGGCCUGUCUCCCAGCAGGAUUUGGUGGCUCCAGCUGGAGCACAGGCAGCACCCCCCAGCAAUGCAGCACCUCCUAUGAACCCCGAAAUCACCCCACUGUCAGCAGCUCUGGCUCAGACCAUUGCUCAGGGGAUGGCUCCACCUGUCUCCAUGGCACCUGUUGCUGUCUCAGUGGCUCCAGUGGCUGUGUCCAUGGCUCAACCACUGGGGGGCAUCACCAUGAGCCAUGCGACCACACCCAUGGUGACAUACCCUAUAGCUUCCCAGAGUAUGAGGAUAACAGCCAUGCCUCACUAGCCCGCAUCCAGGGGACAUGCCCUCAUUCAGCUUGUGCUACCCCUAAGUCAAGGGAAAAUACAAGAAUCCAUGUCUGUCCUGUUGAAGGAUACAGAAAAGAUAAUGAAACUGAUUUUAAAUGUGGAUCUGAAAGCCACUAGAA